UAGCGGUGCUGAGGGGGGUCCGAGCAGCCCCAGGGGGCGUCGUGGUCGUGCCUGGUGCUGCGGCUUUGUGUCGGUCCUCUGGCAGGUUUCAGCUCCUGGAGUUCUUUUCUAAACGUUCUUGCGUCUUGACCGCUUGCUUUCUUUUCUUCUGGAAAUAAGGUGCAAAGAUCUCAUCCUGAAUAAUUGUUUUUAAAAACCCUGCCGCCGUGAAACUAGAAUAUACAGCAAUUUCAUGGGAAGAGGGAGCUGUCUUUGUUUAAAACAGUAGGGUGUCUGCAAGCAGAAGUGAACUGACGCCUCUGGUACUUUUAAUUCCAAAAAAGAUGAAGAUCCCCUCUUUGCUGCUGAGAUUCCCUCGUUGUUAUUCCUCUAGAAGAACUUACUUCACGAGCUUUCACUUCGCUUCCAGAGCAGAUUUCCUGUCCGUUGCAUCUCUUACGCCUGUGCACCACUACCACACGAAAUGGAUAUGUUCGUCAAAUGGUUUGAGGAGAGAGCUGUGUCAACAAGUGGCUCCUGACCAGCAAAUAGAGGGACUUUCUGACAGAGAACAAAGGCUCAUAGACAGACUUUACAGUGGACUAAUCCAGGGUCAUAGAGCCUCUCUAGCAGAAGCCAUUACACUUGUAGAAUCAACUCAGAGUAGGAAGAAGAAAAUAGCCCAGGUGCUCCUUCAGAAGGUAUUAUCCUACCACAGGGAACAAGAAAAGUUAAAUCAAGGAAAGCCACUUGCCUUUAGAGUGGGGUUGUCUGGUCCUCCUGGUGCUGGGAAAUCAACUUUCAUAGAAUGCUUCGGGAAAAUGCUUACCGAAAGAAAAUACAAAGUGUCUGUGUUGGCUGUAGACCCUUCUUCUAGUACAAGUGGUGGUUCUCUAUUGGGUGACAAAACACGGAUGACUGAAUUGUCAAGGGACAUGAAUGCAUACAUCAGACCAUCUCCAACCAGAGGGACGCUAGGAGGUGUAACAAGGACCACAAACGAAGCCAUUCUGCUGUGUGAAGGAGGCGGCUACAAUGUUGUUCUUGUGGAAACAGUAGGUGUGGGACAGUCAGAAUUUGCUGUGGCUGAUAUGGUUGAUAUGUUUAUAUUACUGCUACCACCUGCAGGUGGAGAUGAAUUACAGGGCAUCAAACGGGGCAUAAUUGAGAUGGCAGAUCUAGUAGCUAUAAAUAAAGCUGAUGGUGAUUUAGUUGUGCCUGCACGGAGAAUACAAGCUGAAUAUGUUAGUGCUAUGAAGCUCCUUCGCAAGCGUUCAAAGGUUUGGAGACCAAAGGUAAUGCGCGUCUCUGCCAAAACUGGCGAAGGUAUCUCAGACAUGUGGGAUAAAAUGACAGAAUUUCGUGACCUCAUGCUCACAAGUGGCGAGUUGAUUGCCAAACGACGGAAACAGCAGAAAGUGUGGAUGUGGAAUCUCAUCCAAGAAAAUAUGUUGGAACAUUUCCGGAGCCACUUGGCAGUCAAGGAUAAGAUUCCACUUCUAGAAGAAAAAGUUCUUAGUGGUGUCCUGUCCCCCGGGCUGGCAGCCGACCUGCUACUGAAAGCAUUCAAAGAUGGUCUCUAAGCGUUAGAUUCUACUCUGUUCUUGUUAAGUGCUUUAUGUAAACGUGAACAUUAAAUACAGCUUUCCUA